CGCAUCCAUCACUUCCCAACUAUCCCUUCCCCUUUGACUAUAAAUGGGAAAGGAUAAUUAGCUGCCAGUCCAUCCCUUUCUGACUUCUCCGCCAUGGCAAGUAAGUCUGAGAGUAAAGUCGUCAUCGACUUAACCCUCUCUGGGACAUCUUCUUCUUCGGAUGAUGAUUUCUCCGUCUCUCUAGCCCAAUCCAACGACAUGGCCGGUUUGAGUCCUGGCGAGUUCUCAAAGCUCUACCCGGCGCCCCGCCUUCCUGCACCAUCCCCUCCUAGUCCACCCAGGCUUCCAUCCGGGAGGAUAGAUUGGGACUCUAUGACCCUCCAAGACUUCGCCUUGUACCAGAGGAUGUGCAGGGCUAAACUCGGAUGCUCUUUGCCAAUUGUCGAGGCAGAACCUUCAUGUGAAAGCCGAACUGCUUCCCCACACCUGCUGAAGUCUUCCAACAAUGGUUCUUCAUUGAAGGGAGCAGCUCCCCGUCCUGGGACAUGGGAAGACUAUGACAUAUGGGAAACUGUCGAUUCAUCAACGUGUCCCUCGUCAAAGAGAAGGAACCCAUGGAAGGGUCCCCCACCUCCUUCUUGUUGACUGCAUGGAUGCAAUAGGCCCUCCUUCAGUUCCUAGCCUCUUGCAAAUCAAAUUUCUUUUCUUUGUUUUGUAUCAAGGGGCAUUCACUUGUUUGGUCCAGGGGUUUUCCUUGCAUCCAAACUAAGGAAUGCUCCUUAAUUUCAAAGUAGGAAUCAUCGCUGUAAUUCAAAGAUAUAACCUCCGAAUUAGCAAUCGCUGUAAACUUUGGGCCAUU